CGUGCUGCACCGCCGUCCCUCAGUGAGAAGCGCCAGCGCGGCGGGGAGCGGGGUAAGAUGAGCCCGGUCCGCGCCUGCGGGAGCCGCAGCACCCAGCGCUGAGCCCGCCCCGGCGGCCACCGCCAGAGCCGGAGAUGGCAGCGGACUCCACGAUCCCCAUCUGGCAGAACAAACCCCAUGGCUCAGCACGCAGCGUUGUCAGGAGGAUCGGGUCAAACCUCCCUUUAAAACCCUGUCCCAGAGCAACCUUUGAGGUUCUACCAAAUGUUUCGGAGCUCUAUUUAAAUGAUGUCCCUCCAGUCCCCACCUUGGCAGACAUUGUGUGGAUAGCAGCAGAUGAUGAAGAAACAUAUGCCAGAGUCAGAAGUGACACUCGCCCGCUGAAGCACAAGUGGAAGCCGAGUCCCUUCACUGUUAUACAGCGAAAUGCUUCAGUCCCCAACCUGAGGAAGCAGGAGGAGAAGCUGCUCGCCUUGAAGAAACCUGGUUUACCAGCACUGAGCCGAACAACAGAGCUCCAGGAUGAGCUGAGUCACCUUCGGAGUCAGAUAGCUAAAAUAGUGGCUGCAGAGUCAGCUUCUGCUUCAUUAACACCAGACUUCUUAUCUCCAGGAAGUUCAAAUGCAUCUUCUCCUUUACCUUGUUUUGGACCCUCUUUCCAAUCUACAACUUCCUUUGUCAUUAGCGAUAUCACAGAGGAGGAGGCAGAACUCGAAAGCCCCGAGCUCCCGUCAGUCUCCAUGCUUUGUUCUACAACCUCCGAGUGUUGUAAACCAGAACCAAAGGAUCCUGACGAGGAAGAUUCUGUGUCUCUUUCAAAGGCCAGCAGUUUUGCAGACAUGAUGGGCAUUCUUAAAGACAUUCAUAGGAUGAAGCAGAGCAAAGACUUGACUUGGUGCUUAAACACAACCUUGGAAGCUUCAGGAAUGAGUGAGAAACACUUGCAGAAAUGUGCAUGUUUCAACAAAUGUGAAAGAGAGCCUGUUAAAGUGUCUGUGAUGCCCUCUGCGAGGGGAGUGGCUGAGUGGUGUGCCUGCUGGGCCGUGCGCUCAGUGUGGGGUUAAAGACAGGUAGCGUGAGGAGCUGCUUGGACUGUGAGUACACUUUGACUUGUAAGUACUACUGUUACGGCACUGAACAACUUCAUUUUUCCAUGAUUAUUUCCUUGGCCCUUCGAGUGGCUAUAAAGGGCUGAGACACUGAAGGUGAACGCUGGUGCUCCGUGGUCUGCUGCUGGUUGUGCCUCGCCAUAGGACACUUGUACCCUUUGGUAGGAGAGGUUCCUUUCCUCACCCUGCUGUGGGUUAUCUGUCCCUUCGCUCAUCCUUGUGAUCAGCACAGCUCGAGACUGGGUCAGUGCUGUCUCUCCUCACUGUUUUUAGUGUUGCCUCCGCCUCUGGCUGCUCCAGUUUCCCCCUGUCCCUCUUUGGAGGCAGCUGACGGAUACUGGGGUAACUCUGAAUUCUCAGGUUUGCCUGUGUGGAAGGAAGGGUUUGGGGACGGCUCCAGACCCUGUACUCUGGUCUCUCUCUGCACCCUUUUCAGAAGGAAGGGCUCUGUCUGGAUGAAGUGAAAGGCAUGCUUCUGGCUACAAAGUCAUCUUUUAAAUAGUGAUGCAUUUAUACAACUGUAAAUUAAGAACUUGCAUCAGACAGAAAUCUGACAUUGUGCUACAGGUUACCAGUGCAAGGUGCUCAAUGGCAUCUUACACAGCUUACCAAAAGCCUUCAAUGUUAAUUUGAGAACAAGCCCCUCCCGAACACAUACGGAAAUACUCUGUGGGGUUUUUUUCCUAAAAAGGAAUGCUUAAAAUACCCAUAAUGUUUUCUGACCAAAGGAGGACUUCAGCUAUUAAAAAAAACCCAAACAAGUUAAGCUCUGAAAUUAUUAGUACAGGUUCUAAACAAAACCUUAGUGAGCAAUUCAUGAUACCUGAGGAAAAGGAACUGCGUUUUGGCUUCCUGUAAAACAGGCUCACUAACGCUUCUAAUGCGAACUGCUUGUCUGCACUUGUUGGAAGUUGAGGCAGGAUGCUUUGAUGACAGAAUGCUACAGAAAAAGGUCAUGUCCAGUAGCUCAGCAGAGGGAAAUGUAUACCAGCCCUCCUUUAAAACACCUGUAAUUACCCAUAUUUAAAUAUGAAAGCAUAUAUCCAUUGUAUAGCAAAAUUAAUGAAAAAAAGUACUUCCAGGACUUCAACUCAAACACCACACCACUUGUAGAUUUAUAUUGAGGGGACGUAGGCUGUAAAUAAUUAAUGAAGCUUUAUUUUACUUACUUGUUAUUAACACAGUUGAAUUAUAAAGAGUGUUGAUGCUGAGAUUUUCAGGAUACUCUUUGAUCCACAAAAUGAGCUCCAGGUUUUCUAAGCCAACAUGAAAGGCCUGAAUUUUUAGCUGCUUUUUCUUGUUUUGUGGUGGUGUUCUUGCACCUUCUCCACUUGUGACAAAAGCUAAUAAAGGCUGCAGAAAAAUACUGAAAAGAUUCUAACCAGAGCUGUAAAGCAUCAAUUUUGACACUUCUCUUUACUAAUACACUGGGCUUUUUUCUUCC